UCAGGAGCCCUUUACCCCCACGCUUCCAUUGCUGUUCAGAAGAACAUUUUGUAAGAGGGGGGCCAAUUUAAGAGGCCAGUGUUUUAUGGAACAAGAUUAGUAUAGAUUAUUCAUUAUCAGUGUGAGAAUCUUUGCUGGUUUACAUUGAGAAUUGGGAGGAAAUUGUUACCUUAUAGAGAAUAUUUUAACUUCUUCUCUGCACACUUUUUUUACAUUGAUCUGGAUUCACCAUAUACUUAUAUUUGACCCUGGGAGUAUCUAGCAAAUUCAGUGCUGAGGACUUUUGUGGAGAGAUAGGAAUGCACAAAAAUUUUGCAGCACAUGUAAGUGUUUCUAAAUUUAAAUAGAUAAAAUAGACACAUAUUUUUAAAAUAUGGUGUUAUAAGAUACAUUGUAACAAGUUGUAAUGUGUGUACAUUGCUUACAUAGCACUGAGAAAAGAUUUUAGAAGUCCUGGUGGUGACUGACACUACUGUGUGCUAGUAAGUGGCACUCCCUGUAACAUAGACUUGGUGGAUACUUGGGACUGCUACACUGCAAUUUUAAUUUUAAUUUUAAUUUUUUUUCAUUCAGAAGUAGUUCUUUUAUUUUUUCCCAUAGUAGCUGAUAAUAUCUUGCAUAAAACAAUGAACCAUUUCCUAUCACUUUUUACCUAUUUGGAUGUCGUAUGUAGCAAAGAAAGCAGGGCUAUGAAUUCAGAUGUUUGCAAAUCAGACAUCAUAAUCUUGUAUUUUAAAAUGAAGUUGUAGUGAGUGCCUCAACUCAGUUGGGAAUCAUCACAGAAAUAUGAACAUACAGUAAUAUGGCAGAGAUGGUAAGUUUGAUUUACCAGAGACAGAAGACUUGAAAAGUAAGAUGUAUUAAAGAGUAUGUAAUUUCCUACUGACCAAGAAAAAAAUGUAUCAUAUCAAACUGUUUGGUCUUGAGGUCACCCCAAAAUUAGACUAAGAAUGAAGGGUGUUUCAAAAUGACAAAUAUGAAAGCUUACUGAAUCUCUGCCCUGAACUGAGAGCUGAACUGAACUGAUAUGAACAACUUCAUAUCCUGGGGAAAAAAAGUUUAAUCAUUUCUUAUUUUUUAAAUUUUUUAUUACAUGCAGGUAGAAGGAAAACCUCUUGCCACUGGAAUAAAGUUUUAUGGAAAUGGUGAAUGUCUGUAUUCAGGUAUGAAAAUUUUUCCUUUCAGGUGGGAAAUUCAGAUGUGAAUGCAUAUGUUUGUAAAGGCUUCUAAUCACAGACUAGCAUUAAUGGAACACAUACCUAAGCAGAGGAUGGAUGCUAAUUUGUUGGAUGUUGCUUACUGAGAUCCUUCUGGAAUAACAUCAGAGUUGUAACUUUUUGGCCCUGAAGGUGAGACCUGAUUGAUUUAAUGAACUAGGAACAGCCUGUCUUAAAUAAGGGUAUGUGCCUUCAUGUUCAUAAUUGCUGAAAUUCUUAUUUUGACAGAGCACACAGAAUAACAGCAGAUAAAUGUUACAUAUUUUAACUUCUGAAAUGUCUCUCAUCAGCUAUUUGUUUCAUCUGAUUAAUGUGCCCUGUCAGUACAGAGCUUUAAUCAGCCACAGACACCUUCUUGAAAAUGAUCAGGAGCAGAUUUAGAUGGAGAGUGAUGCCAGAGGUAGUCAAGGUGAAGAUUAAUUCACAUCUGCCUUCUAGAGUGGGAAGUAAAUGUCAAAAACAAUAGGCCAGCACCUUACAGACGAGGUGCCAGCUUUGCAUUUUGGUGUGUUUGUGUAUGGAUUUGUAGUUCUUGUAAAUGAAGUAAGUUGGGUGCUGGACUCGACAGCAAACAGAAGAGAGGUGCUUGGGAUUGCUUCAGUUCUGCCUUUGCUGGCCCUCAGAGCACCAGUUACAUUCUUCAGAAUGGGUGUCCUGGCUACUCCUCCUCCCUCUCUGCUGCUUCAUGGGGGUCAUUUUAAAUAGAAAUGGAGAAACAAGGCACCGUGAAAUGCUCAGUCAGAUUUUUCAGUGGGGCUACUCUUUUGGAGGCAAACAUUCUGGGCAAUGAAAAGGGCUGGACUCAUGGAAUGCAUCAAUACUUCAUUGCCAUUUUAAAUAUUUUAACAAUGGUGAGCAGUGCAGUAGCUCAAAAGCAUCCAGGUCAUUACAAAAAAAUUAGAGGGGAAUUGGAGUUUUCUAAAAGAAGGAGCUUCAACUUUAGAACUACAAGGAAAGUACGAGAGCCCUACAAAAGCACAAUAAUGAGGUGUUUAAACAUCAUGUUUAUGGUGGUCUUUCCUGCCCUUCUUAUUUUUUUAAGCAACAAGAAGAAAAAAUACCAAACAGGAGAAAGAUAAAUAUUUACUGAAAAAGAAAAAAAUUAAUGUCUCUGCAAACCUAUAGAAAUGUGUGUGGCAGCUCACAAACGUUGCAUUGAGGGUAAGUCUAGAUUUCUCCACUGAUGCUCUUGGAGAGGCAUAGUGAAAACCCCAGAAAGGAAUCCAUGCACAGUGAGGCAAAAACUGAAGGCCAUUCCGAUCUAGGAUAUAGCGUCAUGCUAAAAAAAAAUCAUUAUCUAUCUUUUUUGUUCAACUACUUUAACACCAGCAGUUGUAAUUAUAUGUAAAUGAUAUGUAUUUGUAUAUAUGUAAUACAUAUAUAUAGAAAUGUCUAAUUAUAUGUGUAUUUUUAUGUUUGAUAUGUAUUGUUGUACACACAUUAGUCUGAUUCUGCAUCUGAACACAAAUAGGCAAAGUGCUAAUGGUCAGAACAGAAAUGUUACCACUGACAUUUUAUGUGCAGUUUGCUUACACAAUUCCACCUUCCUUAUGCAUGGGAACAAAAACAGUGGACCAUGCAAUAUGUCAGGUAGUUUUUUAAACCACUGGGUAGAUGGAUGAUUCUUGCUUUGAUCCUGUUUUCUUCAUCAGCUGAAAAGAUGUGAUGUGCUGAAAAAGCCAUAAAAGAUAAUUGAUUGGAGAAACCUGGGACACUGGCCGUGCUAAGCCUUGUUCAUGGUGAUUUGGCUGUGAGGAUCAGAAAUGAACCAAGCUUCUUCAGAUUCAGAGGAAAGGAAAAGGGAAAACUUUACAGGAGACAGGUGAGAAUAGGCAAGGAAUGUAAUAAGUGAAAAAUUACUUCUGCCUAGCCAUGAACUGUGAGCCUCAGCAACGAUGUGGGUGUUGUGCCAUGAGGAUUGAUGGUAAGGCAAAUUCAGGGAGGGCUGCAGAGUGCUGUAGCAUUAACUCAUCAGACAACUCAGAAGCCAGUGACAGCUGACUCUUCACCAUAAUUUACCAUUGGCCCAAAAUGCAAUGGAAGCCCCCAGGGGCAGCAAGCAGGAAUCCAUUAGCCAUUAACCAUUGAUCACUUGCCCUACAGUGUCCUUUGGCAGUCAAGGGCUUAGGUGUUUAAGCUGCUACCUUAAUAACCCAUACAUCACUGUUCUUCCCAGGGCACAACAGCAGUUGUCUCUUCAAGCAAGAAAAGAAAAAAAAAUCACUAGGGAAAGGGAGGUUUUACUAGUGGGAGGUCUAAAAUUAAAAACAACAAGCUGUUUAUAGUCUUAAGUGAAUCACUCAUUCAAAAUAAGUUCUAGUGUAAUAGAAAACUAAAUGCAAUUUUAGCCUGUGUAGGAGUGUAUUUGUAUGGGGAGAAAAGUACUGAUACAGGAUUGGAGUAUGAUUUGGCAGACUCUCCCUGCCAGAUAGCAAAAGUCUCAGUGAGAUGACAUUGUGUCCCUUAAUACAAAAUAAAGUGUCAUAAGUCACUGUAAUUAGCAGUCAACAGAUGUGAUUUUGAUCAAGGUGGACACAGCUCCUUGAGCUUUGGCAGAAGACUGUGUGAAAGGAUCUCUAAAUCCAACUGAGAAAGAAAUGAGGUACCUCCGGCCUUUUGCUGCUCCUCUGAAAGCCUGAGCAGUGAAAAUAGCAGAAUAUGAUUAAAUAAUCAAAACUUAAGAAGUCAUAAAUACAAUAAAUCAAAAGAAUAAAUAAUAUUGUGGAAAUUGUAGUCCUUAAUCUAAGCCACUCAUUGAAAUUUUGUUUUUCAUAGUGAUUUCUCUGGAAGUGCUAAAAAUGCCAGGAGGGAGGGGGUUGUAUAUGAAUAAACUGCUGUAAACAGUUUUACAACAGGAGGCUUUAGUAACUAUUCAUCAGUGAGUAAUCUAACCUGGAAGAAAUUAAUCCCAGUUCAAGCCUGAAUUAUGGGCACACAAAUUAUCAGACACUUGUGUCUUCACUGAGUUCCCCAAAGAGGUGGAUGGGUGCUUCCAAACUUCUCUUGAGUGUAACUUAAACCAGAUAGGGGUUUGUGAGACAGUCUCAGGCAAGUGUCCAAAUUUUCAGGGAAAAUCCCAAAGUAAAAAAGCUUUAUCAAGACAAAUGAAGGAAGGGAAACAUAUAAAUCCAGGAAUUGUGUGGCUGAAGCAGUGUAAUUCUAUAAUAACAGGCAAUUUAGGUAUGAUUUAGCAGCAUAUAGGCUUCAUGCUGAAUCUUGGCACAAGGAUGAACUCUCUUCUAGCAAUCUAGCUGAAGGAUAAUUUUAAAGCAAAAGCCUCAUCCUUGGCGCCAUAAUUUAUUGUAUCAUGUUAUCUUGAUACAAUAAAUCACAUCCAGUGGACACAUCCAUUAAAUAUUACAUCAUUCCUCAGUGUUUCCUCUGUUGAUAUUACUGAAAAUGAACAAAAAACCAAGGCUGUGUCUUUCAGGUGUCUGGUUGUGGACAGUCAUCUGCUGACAGAGCUGGGUCACCCCCACACCUCCACAGUGAGGAUUGUGAGGGAGAAAAAUCAGCAAAAGAAUUAUCACAGCACUCCUUUGUAUUUCACAGGACAAACUGCUGCAUUAUGAAGACCUGUAGUGUUGCCCUGUGUUGCAGGGUUUGGGCACUGAGGUGUUCCCACCUGGAGCCUGUUCCUGGGUGUGAAGAGGGAUGCUGGAAUACUUCUGUGGAUGUGGAGUUACACUGAUACCAUGGGCAUGAGCUAGCAGGCUGGGAGGCACUUCCUUUAUUUCUGGUUGUGGAAUGGGGGUGCAAACGUGUGUGAGGAGUAACACAGCUGCAGCAGGUCCUGUUAGGAAGAACGAAGUGAGCUAAGGAGCUCUGGAAGUCCUUUCCCAAACUGUGAUCAGCAGCUGCUCAUUAGAAAUGGGAUUUGACAGCCCAGCGCUGAAAGAGAGUGAAAAGCAGGAAAGUGGUUUUGAGCAGGGAUGCGGCAGGAAAGGAGACACGAGGGCAGGUGCAUAGGGAGGGAAGGUCGGGAUGGAUGAGCAGGAUUGCAGCUCCUUCCCCCGGGAGCGGCGCGGCCGGCGCUGCCAGCGGGUGGCACCGCGGGGCUGCUGAAACACCGACCCGGGUGAUUCGGGCACAGGAGAGACUGCCGUCCCUCUUCUCACAGCUUUCGAGGUGUUUUCUUGAGCGGAAAAUCACUGGUGGAGUCCCUCUCUCCAGGCAGAGGAAAGUAACCCUGGGCUAUCAGCAGCACCUGUAAACGAAGUGGAUCUGCGGCUCUGGGAAGAGAAGUCUCUCAGACAGAUGAUGGUUGUGUUCCAGAGCCACAUUAACAGCUUUGAAUCCCUUAUUUUGUAAACAAAACAGAAAAAGCAGAAGUUGCAGGCUAUGUCAUUCCCUGGAGUGAAGGCAAGCACACAGAGUGACAGCCUCAGGCUGCAUGUGAAGAGUCUUUUCAGAGAAGACAGUUUGACAAGUCUCUUGUUUGCUUCUUCCUCUUUGGUGUAGGAUCAAGGGAAGGUUGGUAAACAGUGAUUGCACAGCAUUCAAAAUAAAGACUUCAGGCUACAAAAUAGAAAAGGUUAAUCAAGGUCUCUGCUUGGCUUUCCCCCUGCUGCAUGAGAAAGAGGAGCUGGAUCUCUCACUCUUCUUCACAUCACUCUCUCUUUGGGGGUUUUUACUUGCACAAUUUUUCAUUGUCCCUUGUGUGAAACCCCUAGGCUGAUUGCCAACACCUGCCAUUAAAUUUGUGCAGCAAUACACAGACCAUUAUUGCGCAGAGCAAGAGAGGAGCUAAAUUAAUUACUAAGCAAUGAGGUAAAAAAUUACUGCGAGGAAAACAAGAACCCUGAGACAUGAAUACUUUUACAAUAUUGUCAUGCUGAAAAAGGAUCGGUGUUGACAGAACUUUUGAGCACAAAGAAGGAUGAAAAAUGCUUUGUGUAAUCAAGUAGCUUAAAAGAAAUUUUUAAACAGAAUGAGAUAGCAUUGAAUUCUUUCCAUACUUCAGUUUUACAUUCCUACAUAAUUAAUACACAGCUGACGACAUUUUUUUUUUCUUGUACAGGAUGCAUUUUCCAAAUAAUUACAAAGUAUAAAACAUAUACAUAUUACAGUUUUUGUAAUAGGAAAAAUGUUUCAUUGAUUUAGGAGGUGAAACAAUCAGAAUUAAAUCAGGGGUGAUGAGUGGGUGGUUUUGGUACCAUUUCUACUCAAGUUUGUCACUUGCAGCAAGAGGCAAAGUUUGAUGUGCUUGUCAUGUCACUUUCAGGGGUAACAGAAAACUCACAGGCAUCAGGGAGCAGCAGAACUCACUGGCUGUGGAAAGGCCCAGCACCUCUGCCCUUUCUUUUGAGUUCAGGCAUUGAAAUCAGCCACUGCAUUUAAUAAUUGCUAGACUGAAGGCAGCUGAAAUAUACUGUGUUUCAUGGUCUGUGUUCAGGCUGUCAGAAGGACCUCAGACUUUGCAACUGUUGUGACUGAUCCAAGAUCAGCCCCUUCUGGGUUUGUAGCCUGCCAGAAACCUCCUGAACCAAUAAAUCCAUCUUUCAGGGGCUAUGGUGCCUGAGGAGCUUCCAGGCAAGGUAAAGCUGCUGAAGCUCAGAGCAUCCUGGAAACCUGCACUGGCUCACCCCAGAGAAGGCACAAGUAACUCACCCUGAGCUAGGCAGAAGAAAAAGGCAGUGAGAACACUGCCAUUCCUGGUCAGGGAGAGAAGACUUGUCUUCACUGCAAGAAUGGACAUCCACAAAUCAGAACUGCCCUCCUCCUUUCCUUCCCAGCCACCCCAGCUGUUUAACUUCCAGAGGCUACCUCCAUAAACAAAAAUAUCGGCACCAGACCCUCUGAUGACAUCCAGCAUCCCUGGAAGUGUUACCCCAGCCCUGAAAGCAUCCAAGGUCAGGUUGGUUGGAGCCCUGAGCAGCAUGAGUUAGUGGAUGGCCUCCCUGCCCAUGGCAGGGGUUUGGAAAUAGAUGAUCUUCCAAGUUAAUUCUAACCCAACCAUCUUAUAAUUCUAUAAUUCUGUGAUUCAUUUGGGAUGGCCAUCAAAGUGGAUUCUGCAAGACUCAAAACCACGAAAAAAAGCCUAUCCAGUGACAUUUGUCCUCAGUUUUGGCCAAAACAGAAAGGAAUUUUGGAAGGAAUUUAGCGAGGUUUGAAUGUACCAGACAAAGAGGAAUGUCAGAUUACACUUUGAAGUUUCCAUGGACAUUGAAUUACUGGAAGAGAAAUAGCAAUACUGAUUAUUUAUCAACAAAGGUCAGCAUGAACUGCCUCUCAAUCCUGAGGUGAUUAAAAAGAGAGAGGUCUGGGCAGAGGUAACUCUUCUGUGAUUUCUAUGUUACACUUCAGCAUUAAAAGUUAUAUAAAGUGGCAAUACAUUUCUUAGCAGAAGACCUGACCGGUUGUAUAAUUUAUUCUAUCCUUUGUAUCACAAUGAAAAAGUCUAUUUCAAUAGUUUAUAUGUGUUUGAGUUAUGAAAUGUAGAGAUGAUAGAAAUGUAUUUGAAAGAGAACUGGGGUCAUGAUUAAAUGGUUAACUUAUUUCCCAAAUGAAUGAGAAAGGAAACAGGGUGCUGCAACCUUUUGCUCUCACUUCCUCAUGAGAGAAGAUGUAGAGGCUGUCCCAGAGAGAGCGGAGCUGCUGUGCACACACAUCUCAGGCAGCCAUGGGGAACUGGGUGGAGAAUGAAGGACUGUCCAUCUUCGUCGUUCUUGUGUGGCUGGGCUUAAAUGUCUUCCUCUUUUGGUGGUACUAUCUUGUGUAUGAUGUCCCACCAAAAUUCUUCUACACCAGAGUGCUCCUUGGCCGUGCUCUGGCUCUUGCAAGGGCCCCUGCAGCCUGCCUGAAUUUCAAUUGCAUGCUGAUUCUGCUGCCAGUAUGUCGAAACCUGCUCUCCUUCCUCAGAGGAUCAAGUGCGUGCUGCUCUACCCGUAUCAGGCGACAGCUGGACAGAAACCUCACCUUUCACAAAAUGGUGGCCUGGAUGAUCGCCCUUCACACUGCAAUUCACACCAUUGCACACUUAUUCAACGUGGAGUGGAGUGUGCAAGCCCGUGUUGAAGAGAAAGGCACCCUGGCAGCUGUGCUUUCUGGCCUUGGAGACAAACCAAAGGAAAGCUAUGUCAACUUCUUCAGACAAACCAUUGCUAAUCCCAUUGGGGGCCUCUAUGUGGCUUUCACGUACUUGGCUGGCAUCACUGGGGUUGUUAUCACACUGGCCCUCAUCCUCAUCAUCACCUCAUCCACCAAAACCAUCCGGAGGUCAUAUUUUGAAGUAUUUUGGUACACCCACCAUCUCUUUGUCAUCUUCUUUAUUGGCCUUGUCAUCCACGGUGCUGGUCGUAUUGUGCGGGGACAGACAGCUGAAAGCCUGGCUGAACACAACCCAGAGAUUUGCUACAAGAACUUCACUCACUGGGGCAAGACUGAGGCUUGUCCAAUCCCCCAGUUUUCAGGGAAUCCUCCUAUGACAUGGAAGUGGGUGGUAGGUCCCAUGUUUCUGUACCUGUGUGAGCGGCUGGUGCGGUUUUGGAGGUCUCAGCAGAAGGUUGUUAUCACAAAGGUGGUCAUUCAUCCCUUCAAGACAAUUGAGCUCCAGAUGAUGAAAAAAGGCUUCAAGAUGGAGGUUGGACAAUACAUUUUUGUCAAAUGUCCAGCAGUAUCUAAACUGGAAUGGCAUCCAUUUACACUGACUUCUGCUCCAGAAGAGGAUUACUUCAGCAUUCACGUCCGUAUUGUGGGAGACUGGACAGAGGGCUUGUUCAAUGCCUGUGGCUGUGAUAAACAAGAAUUCCAGGAGGCAUGGAAGUUGCCCAAGAUAGCUGUGGAUGGCCCCUUUGGAACAGCAAGUGAGGAUGUGUUCAGUUAUGAAACUGUGAUGCUGGUUGGAGCUGGAAUAGGGGUCACCCCCUUUGCAUCUGUCCUUAAGUCUGUCUGGUACAAAUACUGCCAUGAUGCCACCAACCUAAAGCUCAAGAAGAUUUAUUUUUACUGGCUUUGCAGGGACACUCAUGCCUUUGAAUGGUUUGCUGACCUCUUGCAAUCUCUGGAGGCUCAAAUGCAGGAGAGGAACAAUGCAGAGUUUCUGAGCUAUAAUAUCUACCUUACAGGCUGGGAUGAAACUCAGGCCACUCACUUUGUAGUGCAUCAUGAGGAAGAGAAAGAUGUGAUUACAGGACUGAAACAGAAAACCUUGUAUGGAAGACCUAACUGGGAAAAUGAAUUCAAAACGAUUGCAGGGAAGCAUCCUGGCUCCCGAAUAGGUGUUUUUCUCUGUGGCCCUGAGGGCUUGGCUGACACACUCAACAAGCAGAGCAUCAGCAACUCAGAAGCUGAUCCACGAGGAGUACACUUCAUUUUUAACAAAGAAAAUUUCUAACUCUGAAGCAAGUGGGAGUCAUUAAAAGCAAGGUCUAAAGACUGAAUCUGUUUUUCUGUGUGGAGUCUGGGAAGGACAGCCCAGCUUCUGAAUUUGAGGUACACUAAUGCAGGUCCCUUUGCUUCUUGGGAAUGGUUUUGGCUCUGUGGUAGAAUAAAGAGUCAAGUUUUACCUUAGGGAAGUUUUCAUUGCCCUCCAUGUGCUGGCUCUUUAGUAGAAAUCUGUUUUCUUUGUCAGUGUGAGGGGAUUUCCCCUCAAUUAACUGCCUUUAUCCUCUUAUUAUUUGCCAUGACUGCUGAAGAGUGGAAGCUGUCAUUUGCUUUUGGGAGCCAAUUCAUACCCAUAAAGCUUAGUGCUAUUAAACAAUAAAGCUUUCUAGCAUAAUGCUUGCUCUUAGUAGGCAGCUUAUCCUGGCUGCAGCAGUCCCUGGAACAAGGGGAGCUGGAAAAGGGUGGCUGGCAAAGUUAUUCCUUGCAAGAGGAAAACUCCUUUGUACACCAACACCUUCCAGGCCUCCAACAUAAGCCUUAAACAUCCUCUGCAAGAGAGAACACAUGCAGCUGAAAAGAGGCUGCUUCUCCUCAGGAAAGUGAAGAACUGCAAAGGAACCACCUGGGCUUCUGAGAAGCAGCCCAGCUGCAGAGGGGUGACAAGGACAGAUUCAAGUCCCACACCUGGUGUGUGAGUCACUGCUGCUUUGGACACCCUCACUUUCACAUCUUCAGGCUCAUGUGCAUACAAGAAGUUCUGUGUUUCCAAGACUGCCAUUUCUGGUGUUCAGGGCUGAGAAAAGCUGUUGCCGAAUGGUUGAAUGGGUGCUUUCUGAAGCACUCAGAUGCAAACAAUGCCUUUGGCCCCAUUGCUCAGCUGUUCCUCUUUGAGGUGAAACAGGCUUUGAGAAAGCAAUGGUCACUUCACUGUCAGUUAUGGAAUAGCUGUGGGUGAAGUUUCUGAUGUGUACAAGACUCCCAUACACAGCACAGUGCCUCUGUGUGCACAUUACAGGUAGCAGGUUCUUAAAAACAAACAAAAAAAGGGAACCAAAACUUGUAAUACUGGCAAGAGAGGAAAAAAAGGUACUAAAGCCAGCAGCAUAGGAAAAAAAUAUGAAAAGGCAAGUGCAAAAACCCUUGAAAAAGCCACAGUUUAGUAUACCAUGUUUUCCAUUCAUCCCAGUUGUCUGCUUUGUGACUUUUAAACUCCACAGCCAAGCCCUGCAGUAGCUCCUGCACAGCCCAAGACCUUCCUGGCAGGUUCUUGCAGCCACAGAAGAAAGCUGUGGUCUCCUUCUGCAAUUUCAGUCAGCUUUGUGCAGCCAUCUGGUUGCAUGUAGCGUAUUUUACACCUCAGCUUGCUAGACAGGGUGUGUGUUCUCCCUUUACAGCAUUUUAAAAUGCUAUUCAGGCUCUGAAUGCUACUUAAGGAAGACAGCCUACCAGUUCCUAUUUAUUAAUAUCAGUUAACAACAAAUGUUGGCAAAGAUCAACUCUUGGUGGGGAAUUUUCCAGUUCUUUCCCUUAGAAGAGCCAUAUUCAAAUCCACAUUAUUCUGUCUGAAGCACAUCUAUUAAAUCAUAACAGAGCACAAGUAUAUCCAAAGAAACUUCUUCUGUGGAGUAAAUAUUGCUACUAAAAUAUAAUAAGGGUCUCAUCCUGUGCAAAGAGCACUGAAAUAUUUGCCCUUGAUUUUAAUGGAAAUGUGAUCAGGCUUUUAUAAUCUUAUAUAGUGGGCAAAGAGGAAUUGCAAGGGGUCACAUGGAGACAGCAUAUUUAUCAUAAGAAGAGUCUUGGAGAGGUGUAUUUUAAUUCAGCAUUAAUUUUCUAUACAUUGACAGGUUUGUUCUUAAAAUAUCAGGAAUCUUUCCUUAUUCAGUCAGUUGCAGUGACAUUCCCUGACCAGCUGCACACUUGUACCAGGGCUUGUCACCUUGAACUCAGAAAUAGUAAUACUGUGUUUAUUAAUAAAUCAUUGUCUUCCUAAAACAUAUGAAAGAAUAAGUGAGAGUUGCUCAGUUUUUUUUCAAAAGUUAGUUAUAUUAAAUCCUGCUAAAACAGCAAGCCAUGCACAAUCAGUUAUGGCCUGAAUAUGAAUAUUUUCUUAAAUCUAGGAUACAAGAGUGAAAUGGAUAGCAAUGAAAUACAAACAUAAGAAACAAAAUAGUUUGAGUCCUAAGGGCAGUGGGCUACAGGAGGGCUUCAAGGACAUUCACUUCUGUGUCCAAAUGUCACUGCUUGCAAUCUGACCAUUGCUAUUGGCUGGGCCUCUGGCUGAAAAAUUCCUCCUUCUGUGUAUUAUGAAGUGUGCUGAAGUCUGAUCUCUGCUUCAGUACCAAAAAUUUACCUGUUUAAAUGACAAAUGUUCUGUUGAGGGCAAAAAAAGCCAGCUGUUGGAUUAUUAAAAUAACUGUUUCGACUAAUGGAAGCAAUUAGGAGUUAAAUUCAAAGGUCACUUAUGGCCUCAGCCCAGAAUGUUUCCUUCCCUUCUUAUGCAAUAUUUUGUCUGCCUUCCCCUAGGUAGUCAUCUGAAAUAAGCAGUUAGUUAAUUCCUCAAUAUCCUCACACUCCAAUCCAUUGUAGUUACCCUUACAUUUAAAGGCUGUGACCCUCUGGAAUGCUGGCAGCUCUUGCUCCCACUGCCCUCAGCUUUUCUUUGGAAACUGGAAGGGGGCUUUGGAGAGGACCUGGAACUGGGACAUGCUCAGUUCCAUUCAAGCAAGAACUUGAUAUGAGUGGGUCUCAUCUCUCAUUCUCCCAGUUGCUUCUCUGCUCCCUACUUGCCAAAUGUAAAUAUGGGCAAAUGAAAUCCAAGUUUUCCUAAGUUUCAGGCUACAAAAAAAGUGCUACUGUGCCCGAUCACCAUAAUGGUAGGAAACCAACCCAUCUGCAAAAUAGGUCUUCCUCUUCAAAGUCUUGUAAGACUUUCCCUGCUGGGUGGGGAUUUUCUGCCUUUCAGUUCUCAGAUGGUGGGUUAAACUAAAUUAGAAAUGGAAAAAAAACCCCAAAACUGACAAAAAAAGCUGCCUGUGAAAUACAAGGUAUUUUUGAACAAACAAAAAAAAUGUUCAAGUCUUGUUAUGGCACUUUUUCUAAGGAUACUGCUCUAUUUUGGAGUGCUCCUAGCAAGUUGAUGUUAACUGCUUAUAUUAUUUUAAUGUUUCAAUGAGUUUCUUGUAGAAUGCAGAGCCAAGUGUCUGAACACAUAGUUUUGUAUGCUCAAAGGAAUUUAGGAGCACACAUUAAGAUGCUACAGUUGUAAGCAUUGGCAGGAUCAUGAUCCUCAUGCCUGACUGUGUAAAACAGCAUCAGUUGCACAAACAAAAGCCAGAGCAGUUGCUUGUCAUGAACCAGACAUUCAGUUUUGCAUUUGGUACAGACCUUAACAACCUACUGGUCUCAUUUACAUUCACCACACACAAACCAGCCCAGACUAACAGCAAAAUUAAUCACAGUGGAGUGGAAAAUUGUUGAAAGACUCGCUGAAAGAUGACAAAUGCUUUCCAGUCCCGUUCUGCACCCCUGCAGGCCCCAUUCCCUCUCUCUCCCCUGGUACUCUUCUGCCUGGCAAACUGGUGACUUUCUGCCCAGAGAGCUACCACUGAUUUCUCUCUGUCCUUUUCUACCAAUUGCUGCUAACCCAGCUUCUCAUUCCUUCCUUCUCCCAAUCUCUGAAAAUUUCCUCUCAAUCUCCAUCUUCCAUGAUGUUUUUGCCAGUGUUUUAAGGGCUUGUGCCCAAUGCAAGCUCAGGGAGAGACACAAGGGCUUCACCCCAAGCUCCAACCACUGCAGUGCUCAUCUCACAAACGUGGUUCUGCUGCAACCUCCCCUCUCACUACAAACAGACCAGGGCAGUAGCCACCUCUGGACUGACAAGUCAGACUGUUUAGGACCUCUCCAUUAGUAUUUUCUCCUUCUGCUUAAAGAUUUUAAUGUUAAAUUCUAAAAUGAAAGAAAUUUAUGAGCUGCUCUGUUCUAGCUUUUUCUUGCGUGUGAGUCGAUUUUUGUAUAUUUUUCUUGUAAAAAAAAGCCUUGCAUUUGACCCAUAUUUAAUUUUCAUUGUUCAGAAAUGAGGGACAUGGCCAAAAAAACCACCUCACUACCCCCUAAAAUGCUGAGCCACUUUGCAAAUAAUUAUCAUAGCUGGAGGAAGGGGUAGAGAAAGGGAAGACCAGUGAAGGGAGAAUCAGACUAUCUGUCUCCCUUGGAAGAAAUGUUUUGUUAUUGUGGAAGCAAUGUAUAAAGCAAAGUGUCCUGCAAGUAA